AUAAAUCAAAAUCAAUAUGUUGACAAAAUUAUAAAAUCAAAACAAAUCUGUUUAUGAGUGCAUAAUUGUCACUUUCACUCAUAAAUUUCUAUAAAUCCAACUACUUACAUUGUUUAUUGGAACAUUUUUUAACAUGUAUAAAUAGUUAUUAUCUGUAAUAUUUAAAGUGCCAUUGUAAAAGAGAGGCGAAAGAUACCAGAGCGCUAUUCAAACUCAAAAGUCAUUUGUGUUUUUUAUGGAGACAGAUAAUCAGGCAACAUCAGAACCAGUUGUACAAGAAAUAUGUACAAACGGAAUAUCAGAUGCACAAUAUAAUGAACAACAUGACCUAACACAGUCAGUGACAUCAAUAGAAGAUGUUACAAACAAUGCAAAUUUACAAGGGGAGGCAAUUGAUAAUGGUGAUGAAGGGGAGACAAUUCACAAGACUCAUCUUUUAAAGAUAGAGGUACCAGAUGGGGAAGCUGAUUUAGGACAAACAGAUGUAGCUGUUGAGGAAUGGAAGGACAUAGAGAACAUUGUAGACAUGGAUCCAUCUUCAACAGCUGGGUUCCUUAUUCUGUCAAAAGAAGCUGCUGCAUCCCUUGGAAUGGAUUCUAUUGAAAAUACUCAAAAUGGAGAUGAGCCUGCAGCCAAAAGAUUUCGUAUUGAAGGUGGUGAUGGCCAGUCUUAUGUGUUAUCUGUGGCUCCAGAUGAUACAUUGACAACUGAUGAAACCAUUGUAGAAAAAGUGGAAACAGUUCAGGCAACAAAUGGAUCAGUCUUAUUAGGAGCAGGAGAUUCAGGCCCAAAACAGUCAGGUUCUGGGAACAGAAAAGCUUUAGAAAGCUCAGAUAUUUCUCAGGCUUGGUUCACAACUAGAGAUGAAAAGGAUGCUCUUCAUAGCAAAGGCGCAACAUGGAAACAAGGACAAUGGACAAAGGAAGAAGUUGCUGUAUUACAGCAGAAUAUUAACAGUUAUUGUGCAGAACGUAAUAUAGUUGACCCUACACACAUUAUAUUUGAGAUGUCAAAAGAUGAAAGAAAAGAUUUCUAUCGUAACAUUGCUAGAGGUUUACAGCGACCAUUGUUCUCUGUCUAUAGAAGAGUAACCAGGAUGUAUGAUCAGAAAAAUCACAUUGGCAAAUAUACACCUGAUGAAAUUAACAAGCUUAAAGAUCUUCGUGGAAGGUUUGGUAAUGAUUGGGCAUCAAUUGGUGCCGCUCUAGGUAGAAGUGCUUCAUCUGUAAAGGAUAAAUUCAGACUGAUGAGGGAAACUUGUAAUUCAGGUAAAUGGUUAAGGGAAGAAGAGAGAAGGUUAGCUUCAGCUGUAUAUGAUCUGGCAGGUGUAAAACCAGGUGAAAAUGUUACUACAGGGUUAUCCUGGGCAUUGGUUGCAGAGAGAGUUCAAACAAGGUCAGAAAAACAGUGUCGAACAAAAUGGCUGAAUUAUCUAAAUUGGAAACAGAAAGGAGGUACAGAAUGGACUCGUGAGGAUGAUAUAAACUUAGUUCUAAAAAUAGCUAAUUUGGACGUAAAUGAUGACACAGAGAUUGAUUGGAAUGAUCUAGCCAGUAACUGGCCAAGUGUGAGAUCUCCCCAGUGGUUGAGAGGAAAAUGGUGGUCAUUAAAAAGGCAUUGUACAGAAUAUCAAAGUAUGGAAUUUAAAGAUAUGUUAGAGUAUCUUAAGACAAUACAUUUACAAAACCUGAAAGUAAAACAGACCCCACAGGCAGGCAGUGGUAUGAAGUUUAUAGGUCUACAGAAUGAUGUCACCACACAGUAUAUACCUAUACAAUUAAAUUCAGGAGUAGAUGAUGGUGGUGAUAGUAUACAGUAUGAAGUUCUCCACCAAUCAGAUUCAGGGAUGUACCUUAUCGCACCAGCCAAUAGUACCCCUAUCUCACUCAGUAGCAUGGCCAUGGGAACAGAUCAUAUUAUUGUUCAUUCUCUACCAACAACUAACAUAUCAACAAGUGAAAGUGUAUCUGUAGAAAUGAACCCUCAGUCUGUGAUACUUUCAAAUGAAACUGAUACUGGAGUUACCUCACUUGAUUCCACAACCAUCUCAUUACCAAUAGAACAAGACUCUCUUUCAGUUAGUAAUGGAGAGCUUCAGCCUUCAACAGAUUUUGAAUCUCCAUCAAUUCCAGAAGUAACAGACAUGAGUCAGUCUUCAUCUACAGCUGAUGGGGAUUUAAACGACACCUCAACAAACUUUGUACAGAAUAAUGUCAUGUGUACACUCUCAGAUCCCAUGCUGCCAUCAGGUGGGGGUGAUCUAAUUGGAUCUUCAUCUGAUGCUGAGAUUGACAAGACACAUCACCAUGAUUCAGACUUAGAACAUUCUAAUACUGCCUAGAACUAGUGGAAAUAUAUGUAUUAAACCUAGCAUUGCCCAGAACCUUUCUGUUGAGAAUGUCUAUAGAAAAAAAGAAACCACAAAAGCAUAAUAUAGAUCUUGGUAGUUUGGGGCAUAUAUUGUGAAUUGGAUAAGGAAAAGUUAUGAUGAUAAUUAAUAAAGAUUUAUGUAGCUAUAUGUCAAAGAUAUUUCAACUGUUAUAAAAAUGGCAUAAAAAAGAAGAUUUAAAAAGGUUAAUUGUAUGAAAAUGUGUUUGAUAGUGUUAGGAAUUAUAAAAUGUUCUAUCCGAAUUCUUAAGUUUUUGUUACAAAUUUCUGUUAUUUGUCAAUUUAACGUAUUUAUAUUGAUGUAUUUUUCUUAGCAUAUUGGCUCUAUAAAAAUCAUGCCUCAAAGUGUAUAAGUGCUGAAUUUCAAAUUAGAUGUGUAGAAUGUCUGUAUCUGCAUUUAAGAAUGGAAUGAAUUCCAUAAUUUAGGAGCAGCUUUAUAU